AUGCUGGCAGCAGCCGUCGGUGUCACUGGCACGGACCCUUCUGCAGGGUCAAACAUGGGUCUCCACGAGACUCAAGACUUAGUUGGUGUUGAUGCGUUUGUGGUUGACGUCGCUGUCGGUGGAGCCGAACCAAAUUUUGUCGGUGGAGAAGCCGGUAUUGUCGACGGGCCGUCGGCCGCCAUGACGGACCGCGUCGGUACCGAGCAGAAGUUCGUCAGCGGCGACGAUUCUUCUGCCGCUGCAGUCGGUUUUGACGGCGAACCGGCGACGGGUGCUGGCGCUUUAACCGAAGAGUUGGUGUCUGAAUACUCUGCUGGCGAAGAACUUGCUUCGGCACCCCACCGUGCCCUCAUCGUUGAAGAUAGCAGCGACGGAGGAGCCAACUCCAUGGAGGAGCCGUCGGCCGAUGCUUGCAGUUGUGACGGCGAAGAUCUGGAGACAGGUGUUGGCGCUUCGACGGGCCACGAGCUGUACUUCUCGCGUCUCCCAAGUCUCGAUGAGGGCAUCGCCGACAAAUGCGAUCUCGUGGAAGACACCUGUCAAGACGGAUUCAAAGACAUCACCGACGAGUUGUUGCGCCAUCAAAUUAUCGAGGAAUGCGAGGACCGUGUAGCCCGAGCUGGAGCCGCCUGCGCGAACGCCCAACACAAACUGUCCGAUGGGUACAAAGAUUUGCAAUCUACCGUUGCGGCGGAUCGAAAGCGCUAUGAGGAGAAUGCGGCGUCAAACCGAGCGCGCUGUAAUGAAGAGAAGGAGACAUUGACGAAUGACGAACGAGAGCAUUGUCGCAUUGAGAAGACUUCGAAGUUGGCCGAGGGCAACACAUGCUUGACCAAGUCUCUACCCGUCCUCGAGAGACAGGUGUUGCAAAAGACCAAAUUUAACAAAAAGCAACGCGAUAUAAUGGCUGAAGACCGAAAAGCGUUUGACGAGCAAUUGAACAGCAAGCAGGCAUAUGUCGACGGAACUGUGGAUUCAUGCGCUGCAUCGAUUCGUGACCUAACUACCCAGUUCCAAGCGAGUAAUGCAACCUUCAAUACCCGGAUCAAAUAUUUGUCGAAUGACUACGAGAGCGCGGCGGGAAAUGCUUCGCACUUUGAACGACAAGCCAUGGACUGUAAUAUCGCAUUCGAGGAGCUGAUGAGUCAGGCGGAUAUCUGUGGGGCGGACAAGGAACAGCUCAAAACUGAGCAUGCACAAGAAAUCCAGAAGAUGGAAGAAGAGCACAAGAAUCAGAUUGCCGACAUGAAAACACGCCAUGCAAAAGAACUCGUGGAAGCUGAGCGAAAAGGAGCCGAAGAAGUUAAGGAGGAAUUUAAGAAAACUGCGCUCGGCUUGCAGCUUUCCGAGAGCUCCUCUCAAUCCGUCAAUUGA